AUGGUGCAAGAAUUACGCUUCGACAACCAGACCGUGGUUGUCACUGGAGCUGGUGGUGGUCUGGGAAAGGCAUACGCCCUCUUCUUCGCCUCAAGAGGGGCCAAUGUCGUGGUCAAUGACCUGGGAGGCUCGUUCAAGGGCGACGGUGCUGGCACAAAGGCCGCAGAUGCCGUGGUAGACGAGAUCAAGGCUGCUGGUGGCAAGGCCGUCGCCAAUUACGACAGCGUUGAACAUGGCGACAAGAUCAUCAAAACUGCCAUUGACAACUUCGGGCGUGUCGACGUCCUCCUGAACAAUGCCGGUAUCCUACGGGACAUCAGCUUCAAGAACAUGAAGGAUUCUGACUGGGAUCUGAUCAACACUGUUCACGUGAAAGGUGCAUACAAAUGCGCAAGAGCUGCAUGGCCAUAUUUCAGGAAACAAAGGUACGGCCGGGUCAUCAACACUGCUUCCGCCGCUGGCCUCUUCGGCAGCUUUGGCCAGUGCAACUACUCUGCGGCAAAACUUGCUCAAGUCGGUUUCACGGAGACAUUGGCAAAGGAAGGCGCCAAGUACAACAUCAUUUGCAACGUCAUUGCUCCAAUUGCCGCCAGCCGAAUGACCGAGACAGUCAUGCCUCCCGAUGUUUUGGCGAACUUGAAGCCCGACUGGGUCGUGCCCCUCGUUGCUGUUUUGGUCCACCCUUCCAAUACACACACCUCCGGCUCAAUUUUCGAGGUCGGCGGCGGGCAUAUUGCCAAGUUGCGAUGGGAACGGGCCAAAGGUCUCCUGCUCCGGUGUGAUGAGACGUACACGCCCGGUGCAAUCCUCAAGAAAUGGGACGAGGUCAACGAUUUCUCUGAGCCAGAAUAUCCCACUGGAGUUGCUGAUUUCGUCACAAAAUCAGAGGAGUCUCUUAAACUACCGCCCAAUGAACAGGGCGAGGAUAUCCGCUUUGACGGAAAGGUUGUUUUGAUCACGGGUGCCGGUGCCGGCCUUGGGCGAGGUUAUGCACUUGCCUUCGCCAAGCUCGGUGCGUCCGUCGUGGUGAACGAUCUUAUGAACCCAGACACCGUCGUGCAAGAAAUCCAGAAACUCGGUGGUAAAGCCGUUGGCAAUAAGGCUUCAGUUGAGGACGGAGAUGCUGUCGUCAAGACGGCUAUCGAUACAUUCGGCAGAGUCGACAUUCUGAUCAACAACGCUGGUAUACUACGAGACAAAGCGUUCGCCAACAUGGAUGACAAGCAAUGGGAUGAAAUUAUCGCUGUUCAUCUCCGUGGCACGUACAAGGUAACCAAGGCAGCAUACCCUUAUAUGGUCAAGCAGAAGUAUGGUCGUAUCGUCAACACGACCAGCACGAGCGGUAUCUACGGCAAUUUUGGCCAAGCCAACUAUGCUGCUGCUAAACUCGGUAUCCUCGGGUUCUCUCGAGCCCUCGCUCUUGAAGGCCGCAAGAACAACAUCUUUGUCAAUACUAUUGCACCAAAUGCCGGUACGCAAAUGACUCGAAGUAUCCUUCCCGAGGAAUUGGUGCAGCUAUUCAGGCCCGAGUAUGUCGCUCCUCUCGUGCUUGCCCUAUGUUCGGACAAGGUGCCAGACCCACCAACAGGGCUCCUCUUCGAGGUCGGCAGCGGCUGGCAAGCACGGACACGAUGGCAGAGAUCAGGCGGCCAUGGCUUCCCCGUAGACGUCAGACUGACCCCAGAGCAUGUCGUCUCGCAAUGGGGAAAGAUCGUCAACUUUGACGAUGGCCGAGCCGACCAUCCAGAGUCUGCCCAAGAUGGUCUCAAGUCCAUUAUGGCCAACAUGGAGAACAAGAGCAAGAAGUCUGAUGGCGCAGCUUCUGGUACCGAUUAUAUGGCUGCCAUCGAAAAGGCGAAGACAGCUCAAGCCACCGGCACCGAAUUCGUCUACGACGACAGAGACGUUAUCCUAUACAACUUGUCACUCAAUGCGAAGCGAACACAACUACCUCUGGUAUACGAGAAUGACGACAACUUCCAGGUCCUCCCCACAUUCGGUGUGAUUCCUUACUUCGGCGCUGUUGCACCUUUCUCGAUGGACGAGGUCCUUCCCAACUUUUCACCCAUGAUGCUUCUACACGGGGAGCAAUAUCUCGAAAUUCGGAAAUACCCCAUCCCCACUGCUGCCAAGCUGGUUUCUUACCCCAAACUGGUCGAGGUUGUCGACAAGGGAAAGGCUGGUAUUGUCGUGACCGGUACGGUCACCAAGGAUGCGAAGACGGGUGAAGAUGUCUUUUACAACGAAUCGACCGUCUUCGUCCGAGGCUCUGGCGGGUUCGGAGGGCCCAAGAAUGGUACCAACCGUGGUAACGCCACCGCAAUCUACCAGCCGCCCAAGCGGUCGCCCGAUGCGGUCGUGGAGGAGAAGACCUCAGAGGAUCAGGCUGCUCUUUACAGACUGAAUGGUGACCGCAACCCUUUGCACAUUGACCCCGAGUUUAGCAAAGUUGGCGGUUUCAAGGAGCCCAUCCUACAUGGUCUCUGCUUCUUCGGCUUCAGCGGCAAGCAUAUCGUCGAGACUUACGGCUUGUUCAAGAAUAUCAAGGUCCGCUUCGCUGGUACUGUCAUUCCCGGCCAGACCUUGGUGACAGAGAUGUGGAAGGAGGGCAACAAGGUCAUCUUUCAGACUAAAGUCAAGGAGACUGGCAAGCUAUGUAUUGCCGGCGCUGGAGCUGAGCUUCUGGGUUCCCCCAAGCCUAAGUUGUAG